AUGCUCGAACUGCAGCUAACAUCCGGCGAGAGCGAAAGCUUCUUCCAUCUAACCGUGACGGGCCAGCUCGAAUCCGCCCACUUCCCGAUGGGCCCGGACGGCGGUGGUCUGUUCUGCCGGUACGACAUUGUGGCCGGCCCCGACUGGGAACUCGUCUCCGGUCUCCGAUCGGCCGUCACGCAGAGCGCCCGCACCGAGUCGGACUAUCGCACGGUCGUGUUUAACAUGCCGGUAGAGUUUACGAUGAAAUCCACCAACCCGCACGGUUGGCCCCAGAUCGUGUUCAGCCUGUACGGUGCCAACAUCUGGAACGUGGAAACGAACCGUGGCUAUGCGCGGGUUCACUGUCCGCUGAGCGGCACGGGCUCGGAGAGGACAAUACGAGCACCACUCUUCAUCCCCAAGUACUCGAACCUCUGCUCCGCGGCGAUGAGCUGGCUGAGCGGCGUGAAUCCGGAACUGCGCGAUCCCAAGAUACUGGCCGACGGCUCCAAACACAAGGGUCUCGCGUGCGAGACGUACGGGGAGCUGGUGGUACGGCUGCAGGCAAUAUCACGUGGCAGCAGCCGGAUGGCACUGGACUGGGGCCAAACGGCCGUGGACGAUCGAUGA